AUGAGCACCAUCGUAGAAGGACCUGUUGCGCAGAGGCUACGUGGCAAACUUCAAGAUACAUUCUCGGUGCUCCGUCAAUAAAUGGCGUAGAUUAAUCUCAAUUUUUAGCCGAAGCAUUUAGAAGUUGUAUGCGAAAGUCAUAUGCAUAACGUUCCGAAAGGUUCUGAGAAACAUUUCCGUGUUCAAAUAGUCAGUGAUAAAUUCGAAGGACUACGAGUAAUUGAGGUGAAUUUCCUUAGAGAGAGUUUCAUGGUCUGCAUGAGAAGAAUCCUGGAAAAAUUUUUAUAGAGACAUCGGCUAGUGAAUCAGUGCCUUGCGGAUGACCUUCAAAACGGAGUCCAUGCUUUGAGAAUCGACGCCAUUCCAGUGAGCCAGUGGAAAGGCCAAGUAUCAGAACCUAGUCCUUCCUGUCGUGGGGGCUUCGGCUUGUAA